AUGAUUAGAAGCCCGGUGAAAAUCGAGAACCCCAAGGAGCGCGAACAAUGGCGGCCGUGCCACGCCACGGACCUCAAGUCGCUGAUGUACCCUAACAUCUUGCUCUCGCUGAUCUUAGGAUAUUUCCCGAUCAAGUAUAAAUCUGGAGAAUGGGUGUUCUCGAAGAAACUGUUCGCUUAUUCGACGACGGUGUUCCUCAUCGUGAUGUCUUUGAUGAUUUACAUCAGCUAUUUGACGAACACUUCCGGACAGAUGUAUCUCUCCAUGAAGCAGACGAUUUAUUUCAACUUCCUGCUUGUCCUGGACGGAUGCACGAUUCUGACAAUGUACGUUGGAUCGUACUAUAGAUUCCUUGUCCUUCGUAAGGUAUCCAAAGCUUCUUAUAUAUUGUCCGAGCAGGAUUUCGACGAUAUGGCAAAAUUCGUUCACAUCAAAGACAUCGUUUUUCCUGCGGUCAUUCUUCUGCAUCUAGUAAUGUCUCACUGGGGGGUAGCUUACAAUCAUCCGGAAUAUCUUACCCAGUUAUUCGUGAUGACGAUAACACAAACAAUAGAGAUGUCUUACGUGAAUUGCGUGCACGUAUUGGGCGCCUGCUACAAGAGGAUCAACGAGAAUCUGAAGCAUUUGAACAGACCUCCGAAGCAAUCGGAGUUGAAGUCGCAGCUGCGCGGCCAAGGGACGCUGAAAUUGAUGGAGGUGAAGUAUUACGAGCAGCUGCACCACGAAAUCAGCGACGUCGUUGAGUAUCUGAACAAAACGUACACCAGUAUGAUCGUUGUUAUGACGGCUUCCGCGUUCAUCACGAUCACGUUGAAGAUGUACUUCUCCCUUGAAUGGUUCGUCAGCCAAGAUUUCUCGAAAUAUGAAAGAGGCAUGGGGAUUCAACACGUCAAGGAUUUUGUGUACGCUGUUCAUCAGAUGUUGAAGUUCAUAUUGGUAAUCUGGACUUGCCAGACCGCGACGAAUCGGGCGCGGGAAAUCGGCACCACGAUUCACGACGUUCUCACCGAUUGCACCGAUAGCGCAGUCAGACGCGAGCUGGGCUAUUUUGCUUUGCAAGUGGCGCAUCGAGAUGUUGCGUUCACCACGAGUGCGUACACGAUAAACGCGAAGUUUCUGUCAGAGAUGAUUCUCAGUCACUAG